CUAUGAAAAUGUCGUGCCGAUUACGGGACCGUAAAGAAUGGGACGUACGGGCUUCUACUUUAGCCCGAAAUACAUUCAAUCCCAUAAGAGAUAUUAUCGAAACACUUAAAAUUAAACCGAAUCCGGAUAUACCGUACAUCGCCCUCUCAGUAGGCGAUCCAACUGCUUUCGGUAAUCUGCAACCUUCUGAGAACAUCAUUGACACUAUUUGUGAGAUGGCCAGGUUAAAUGAUUCUCGCAGCUAUGGGCCUACCAUUGGACACUGGGAGGCUAGACAGGCGGUAGCAGAAUACAGUGCUCACCAGGGUCCUGUGACGGCAGACGACGUGAUCCUCUGCAGUGGCUGCUCACACGCCAUUGAUAUAACCCUCAGUGUCAUCGCUGACGCUGGACAAAACGUUCUCAUUCCACGACCUGGUUACUUGAUACACAAGACUCUUGGAGAAGGAUUGGGGAUCGUUAUCAAGUAUUAUGAUUUAUUGCCUGACGAGGACUGGCAAAUCGACCUAGUGAGCCUGGAGAGCCAAAUAGAUGAAAAUACAGCAGCUAUCAUCGUGAAUAAUCCAUCUAACCCGUGCGGCUCAGUUUAUACCAAGAAACAUUUAAAAGACAUUAUCGAGGUGGCAUUGAGAAAUCGCGUGCCGAUAAUUGCGGACGAAAUUUACGAACACUUCGUUUUCUCCAAACACGAAUUCACUUCAUUAUCGUCUCUUUCUAAGGAUGUCCCAGUUAUAACAUGCAGCGGAGUCACGAAAAGAUUUCUUAUUCCCGGUUGGCGAAUGGGUUGGAUAAUCAUACACGACCGUAACAAUAUUCUGGGUAAAGAAGUCCGCAAAGGCCUGUUUAGUAUGUCAACGCGGAUUUUGGGACCGAAUACAUUGCUGCAGAGAGCUCUCCCGAGAAUUCUGAAGGAAACUCCACAGAGUUUCUUUGACGACACGAUGAGGUUUAUUGAGAAUCAAGCACAUUUGGCUUAUCAGGAGCUACAAAAGUCCCCGGCUUUACGUCCGAUCAUGCCUCAAGGGUCCAUGUACAUGGUGGUUGAAAUCAAAAUGUCGUUGUUUCCUAAAUUCGAGAAUGAACUUCAAUUUAUUUCUCAACUCUGCAACGAGCAGUCGGUUCUAUGCAUUCCUGGGGAGUGUUUUAACUACCCCAACUACAUUCGACUUGUACUGACUGUACCCGAAGACAUCUUGAGAGAAGCAUGCCACAGAAUCACAAAGUUUUGUGAUGAACAUAUGAUGAAAGAGAAAUUAAAAAUACCGGAUAAUGAUAUUGUUUCCAUCGUCAACGGGAAGUCAUCAGAGGUGUCUUCGAAGCAGCAAAUGUUGAAGAAUAUAUCUUAAUUUUCUCUCUAAUUCUGGGCCUGCGCAUUAGAGGGACUUUUGUCCACUUGAUUUGACUUGAUACUUAAUAUUAUAAAUGCGAAAGUUUGUGAGUUUGUGUGUUUGUUUGUAACUCAACCAAGUCAAAACGGCUGAAAGGAUAGAGUUGUUUGGAUCAGGGAUAGAUUAUUGUCUGGAAUAAUAUAUUGGCUAUAUUUUAUCCCACGGGCAAGCGGGUGAACCGGUGAACCCGCUGGCAUAAGCUAGUUAGUUUAUAAGGGAUUUACCCGAUCUUACUGGUAUAUGAGUAUACAUAUAGUUGGCUCAAAUUUAUUGGUGAAUGUUUUCACUGUCCAUCAUUGAUUGUGGUCCUUUAGCAGACAACAGUCCCUAGGUUGCGAAGGUCCUUGAAUAUACUUAUAUUUACAUCUUAUGUUACAGGUGUAACAACCUGCUCUGUAAUCUGAUUGCUCUGUUACUUAUACAUAUUUAGAACUACUUAUCGAGUAAGGAGUCUCAGAUCUGCGAUACUUGGGACGCCCAAAAUAUAUGUUACUGAGUUUCUGGCAACAGACUCGCCAUCUUCAAUCAAAUCAAUGUCAGAGUACAAAAACGUAGUGCUUGCUGCAACAAUGUAUAUUUUAUUACCUGCAUAAUGAUGUUAUUGCUAAGGAUAGUUCAUAAGUAAUGAAUUUAAUUUAAUGUAACCAUAUUAUGAAUAAGGACGAACAAAACUAUAUAUAGGUAGGAGGUAGGUACCUACCUAUAUAUAGUGUUAUAGAUGUACAUCACAAUUACACAGUAAACCUGGCCCCAGACGAUCUAAAAUCUGGACAAUUUAUCAACAGUCAAAAAUUACUAACGAAGUACCAGGCAGGCCAAGUGGCCAGGCAUGGCCAUCACGGAGGAUGUUUUCUUUGCCAAUCUUAGGGAACAUGAACAUUGCACCCUGUUCCUUACAAUCAAAUAUGAGCUUCAUGGAAGGACCAAUAUUUUAUCUAUUAACUAUUGUUGCCGUAUUAACGACUAUGUUGUUGAAUAUUUUCUAAGUAAAAAGUAUACUGAUGUUAACGAAGCGCCUAAAAAAUAAUGAGAGACGCAGGUAGCCUGCUCAAUGUUUGCUUGCUAUUUUAAUGACACUUGUAUCGAAUUUAAAUGUUGCACAAACAUUAUUAAACAACGCAAGCUGUAGAAAGCAGAUGUUAAAUGUACUAUUUUUAUUCGUGUUUAUUAAUCCAGUUCUUUUUGUGUAUAAUUUUAUAAUAUUUAAUACUAGAUAAGGCCUUUAAAAGUAGUCGAAUAUUUGUUGUUUUUAUAAUACUUAUUGUAAGAUUUCUUAAUACAUUAACUGUAUAGACAAAUAUAUUAUUUAAUGUUAUUUGUUUUCUUGAUUCUAUAUCAUCGUGUAUAUCAAU